AUGCCUCCAAUUCGAGAACAUCAUUCUCUGGAGGCUCACCAUAAUCCAUCCGCGUCUUCUGAAGACGAAGAUCCUUCGUCUCCAGCUAAAAGUGAUAAAUCUACGUCACCUUCAACCGAUAAAGAUCGUAAACGUGGUAAAAGAUCUCCGAGCAUUAAUACAAGAGCAUCAAGAGUUGGAGUCACGAAUUUUAUUAACGUAAUAAAAAGUUUACAUCCCGGAGAAUCGAUAAAUUAUUUCCCUAUUACAAAAGAAACUUUACAACAAUAUAUUGAUUCUAAACGCAAAGCUCUUAUAAAAGCUGGUUCUUUGGAACAAUAUUUACAACACAUUCAAGCUUAUAAUAUUGCUCUAGGUUUCGGUUGGGAUGGUCAUAUAUUCGGUCCAAUUAUUAAGAAAGCUUUAGAUGAAUUAAGAUCUCAUGAAGAUGAAAUCUUGAAAUCUUCUAAUUCUCAACCUAUUAUGACAAUUCCUGAUACAUUAGAUACUAUUAUGUCAAUUUCUGAUCCAUUAGAUACUAUUGUGACUUCCAGUGCAUCUGUAUCUGAAGCAAUGACAAUUGAUAGUAGAAUUCCCGAUUUGUUUACUAUCAAUGAAACUGAUGUUGAUCCUAUUGAAAGCGAUAUGACUUCUUUUGGAGAUCAAGAAAUUUCUUCUAAAUUCAUACCUACCGUCUGUUUCGAUACUACCAAGAUUCCAUUUACUAUCUUAGAUCAACGUGUCAGAAUAAAUCUUGACAACUUAAAUUCCUCUGAACCAUUACAGAAUCUUCGUCAACUAUAUUCUAAUGUUUCUUUCACAAACUUUCCAAAACCUUGGGGUUCCGUAGAUACAUUAAGACUCUAUUAUCGAAUUGGAACACAAAACGAUUCACAACAUUUCGGUUUAUUCGAUGAAUCAACCUUUAAUCGCUUUUGGUCUAGUUAUAAUGACAGUGAGGCUGGGAAGGAAAUUCAAUUGGUUGUUUAUCGUAAUGCAGAUCCUGUAAACAUUUCUGGACACAUUCGUACUAGUCCGGAGCCUUUUUGUCAACAAAAUCAAUCAAUAAGCAGAACGACAUAUAUGGAUCGUAGAUCUGAUAUCCCUAUUUUGAAGUCUGUUACUAUUCGCUCCAAAAAGACGGUAUACAAACAAAAAAUAGCUGUGAGUGACGCUACUACUUUCGCGUCGUUAAUUGCAUUCGCGAUCAAAGCCACACCUCCGGCUGGGAAACAAUUUGUUAUCCGGGCAUCUGAUGGUGCAUUGGAAUAUGUGCCUAGUGAUAUUGUUAGGGAUGUUAUAGUUGGUGUUGAACAUAUCGAUUUAAUUGUCACUGUCGAAGAUAUUAAACAAAUUGAUUUUGAUUGCUUUUAG